CACCGUUCAAUUUGUCAAGAAGUGAACUUCAAAGAGCUUUGAAUACGCGAUGAGUAGCACUUGAAGCCAGCUGCACUGGUACAUAGAGCUUAUUUUUUACGUAUUUACCGGUGAAUAACCUCUAACACGGAUUUCGAUCACAACCAGCUGUGAAAAAUAGUUUUAACACUACCAACAUAUUUACGAUGGCAUUACUACGAUUGAUGUCAACAUGGCUACUUUCAUUACUUCUGCUUCCAAUGAAAGCAUCACUGAGUGAGAACCCGUCUAUCCUUCGGAGUGAGGCAGCCAACGCUUCAGCCAUCCUCAACAGACUACUAAGGAAAAAAUGUUACGACAAAAAGACCCGGCCCAACGUGACUGGUCCACCAGAGAUAGUAAACGUGAGUAUGGCGAUCAAGGCAUUCAGUGAAAUCAAAGAAUCCAACAUGGAAUUUCAAGUGUACGUAUAUUUCCGCCAACAGUGGUUCGACAAAAGGCUUGCUCAUAAACAUGAAGCCACACUAGCACUCGGAGGGACAGACGUUGAACGCAUUUGGCUACCAGACACUUAUAUAACAAACGCUAACGACUACGAAGUUUUUCCGUCCAAUCAGCUGGUCUUAAUUGACUCUGAGGGCAAAAUUUAUUACUUUGCCUAUGUGAGGAUAGCUGGGGCAUGUCAAAUGAAUCUUGUCAAAUUUCCAAUGGAUGUGCAGCGCUGCCAUCUGACUUUGGAAAGUUUUCGACAUACCAUUGAAGAGAUGGACUUUAAGUGGAAGGAGAAGGAACCUAUCGCUCUGUUCAAUGAAGAGUUAGCUGAAUUUGAUGUGGUUAAACACGAAGUGAAGACUAAAAAAGCUAAUUACAUUUCAGGGGUUUACCAAAACUUGAUUGUGACGUUCACAUUCCAUCGUCGCAUGGGUUUUUACUUCAUUCAGUUCUACAUCCCAUGCAUUGUGAUGGUUUCUCUAAGCUGGAUCUCGUUCUGGAUGGAUCGAUAUUACAUCGGGGAACGACUCUCUCUCGGGAUCACGACCAUUCUUACCAUCGUUUUCCUAUUGGGUUCGAGUAACUCGACCAUGCCCCGAGUCAGUUACGCGAAAGCGAUCGACUGGUAUCUCCUUGGUUCAUUCAUCUUUGUGUUCUCCACGCUGGUCACAGAUUUACUUGUCUAUAGGUUCCGAUCUAAAGAAGAACAAAGGAAAAUGGACGCUGGCAAAGAACCAAAGCCUCAGAACAACAAAAUAGUGUUCCAAUGUAAACAUGGUUGCCAACCAAACUUCGUCGCAGAUGCUAAUGGCCACAUUCAUCUGGUGAGCCAGCCAGAGAAUUCGAACCGCGUGGAACAAAAAGCCCAAUGUACCGAAGGGCUGAGAACGUGUUGUGUUGCAUGCUACCAGCCUAGAGACACGAAAACCGACCUCAGCGUUGUGACCAACAAGUGCUGUCGGUAUAUGUUUCCCAUAUCAUUUGCUGUUUUCAACUUGGUGUACUGGUUGGCUUUUAGUACUUGAAAAAUAAAGCCAAUUCCUGGGAGGAAGAAGUGCAGAACUUGAGGUCAGCUGAACAUCGUUGAGAUAUUUUAGCCUAUGAGGCAGAAAAUCAUGCAACGUUUGUGAAGCGUUAGACAUAACUCGGAGAGCAGACGGUCUGAGAAUAUACUGCGCUCUGAAAAGCACCUACACAUGUAGUUUUCGAAAUAUAUUUUGCACUCGUAACGCGUGGAACUCCGCAAUCUAUACUUUUAAGUGUAAAAUUAAUGAAUUUCAGUAGUAAACUGGCACGGAAUGUGAUAAAUUAUGCAAACUGAUCAAAGAUCCUGCUUCUCUGAUGUCCACUGCUCAGUGUAGCACUUCCUAGCAGCACGACAAGUUAAAAGAGAUUGCGUUCGUGGGUAUCCACUGCAAGUCACAUCGGCGAACGUUUUCGUAAUGACUGAAAACACCGUUCACUGCAUAUAGUGGAAAGAUGUAUCAUCAGACUAAUGAUAAUUAGUGACAUGGAUACUGUUUACAAGGAGGUUCAUGCGUUUAUUCACUCUCCCCGCUUGUUAGUAUAUAAAUAUACCCGCUAAUGCUUAUGUAUUUUGGAGUUGUUCAUUGAAAAAGCCUUGGUAGGUAGUUAAG